ACCCGGCCUCGCUGCCUCCUCAGGCAGCCGCCAGUGCUCAACUGCGGCAGCUAAAACUCGAUUUAAUCCCCGGAAAAUAGAUAGAUCGCCUCUGGGCAGCGGCGACCGCGCCGCCGCUUCGCUUCUCGGCUUGCUCGGCUGGGUUUAUCUGUGAAAAUGGUCAAUGCACAGAUGGUGAGUGGGUACUUGGACAAUUCGUUCAAUGCACUCGUGGUUUCUGGUGGCGGUGAGAGUGGUGGACAGACACAGAAUGGUGUCACAGACACCACCUUGUCAGGUUGGAAGGACCUCCCCAUGGAGCUUCUGCUGAGGAUCAUAUCAGUCGCUGGAGAUGACAGGAUGGCCAUUGUAGCCUCCGGUGUUUGCACCGGGUGGCGUGAUGCACUAGGAUGGGGAGCCACUAGUCUCUCCUUCUCGUGGUGCCAGGACCACAUGAAUGAGUUGGUGAUAUCACUCGCCCACAAAUUUACAAAGCUUCAAGUCCUUUCUCUAAGGCAAAUCAAGCCUCAGCUUGAAGACAGUGCAGUGGAGGCUGUAGCAAAUUCUUGUCAUGAUUUGCGCGAGUUGGAUCUGAGCAGAAGCUUCAGGCUUAGCGAUCGGUCCUUGUAUGCUCUGGCACAUGGGUGCCCUCGCCUUACAAGGCUGAACAUCAGUGGAUGUUCCAAUUUCAGUGAUGCUGCUUUGAUCUACCUCACUAGUCAGUGCAAGAACUUGAAAUGCUUGAAUCUAUGCGGGUGUGUGCGGGCAGCAUCCGACAGAGCGUUGCAGGCUAUAGCCUGCAACUGUAGUCAGCUGCAAUCUUUGAACCUUGGUUGGUGCGAUACUGUCACUGACGGGGGAGUCACUAGCUUGGCAUCAGGAUGUCCUGAACUUAGGGCCGUCGACUUGUGUGGCUGCGUUCUUAUAACAGAUGAGAGUGUGGUUGCUCUUGCAAACGGCUGCCCUCACCUGCGUUCCCUGGGGCUGUACUACUGCCAGAACAUCACCGACCGUGCCAUGUACUCGCUGGCAGAGAACAGCCGCAUCAGGAGCAAGGGCAUGAGCUGGGACACGGCUAAGAACAGCCGCGGCCGCGACGACAAGGACGGCCUCGCCAGCCUGAACAUCAGCCAGUGCACCGCGCUGACGCCCCCGGCAGUGCAGGCGGUGUGCGACUCCUUCCCGGCGCUCCACACCUGCCCGGAGAGGCACUCCCUCAUCAUCAGCGGCUGCCUGAGCCUCACCACCGUGCACUGCGCGUGCGCCCACCACCGGCACCGCGCCGGGGCCGGGAGAGCCAUCCUGUCUAACCAUGCCUACUGAGGUCCAUCCAUGUGUGGAUCAUGGCAGGGUCUGAGAUCCCGGUGGGGCUGAGUUUGUAUCGUGUUGUAUCACCGAAUGUGAAGUGGAACCCAAGGGUGCGGUGGAAGUCUGUGUGUCUGUACUUGGACAUUAACAAAAUGAGUUCUCUGGAGAAUAUGUGAGAGCCUUGCUUGUGCAA